AUGGCCGAAGUUGGUAUCAUGCCGCCUCCGGAAGGAGUGACUCCUGACUUCUAUAGUCGGACCUCUCUUCAGAAUACUCUAAUUAUCCUUUUCGGUGUCGCCUUUGCAUUGGCAACUAUAUCUGUAAUUCUUCGAUUAUAUACGGCUUUGGGGAUUGUUAAAAAGCUAGAUUGGGAUAUUUUAUUCAUUGUUGCAGCCUGGGGAACUACUCUGGCGUUCUACAUUGGGGCGAUAAUAGCCAUGCCAGCUGGUUUUGGGCGGCAUCUUUGGGAUGUUACACCAACACAAUUGCUCGGAUACUAUAAUAUCUUAUCAUUCCUCGCUCUCACAUAUAUUUGGCCGCCGUCCUUAACCAAACUUGCCCUCCUCGUUCUCUACUUUCGACUCAACCCCUCGAAGCCUUUCCGCGCGUGCGUUUUCGUUAGCGGGUUCCUCAUUUUUGCGUACACCAUCGUAUUCACAGUCUUGUUCGUCGGGCCUUGCAACCCAUUAUCUAUCGGCAGCGGUGUCUGCUUGAAUGAUGUAGCCAUAUCACAGGCUGUUCUAAAUAUUUUCUUUGAUGUCGUUAUAAUAUUACUUCCUAUUCCUAUGGUGCAUAAGUUACAUUUGCCUCUGAAGCAGAGGGCAGCCAUUGGAAUUUUGAUUGGAUUGGGGUCGGCGGUCGUUAUUGUUUCUAUUGCGCGAGUUGCCUACGUGAGAGCCAUGGUAGGGGACCCCGACGUGACUUGGACACAGGCAUCUGCUGCAGUCUUGUCAACAUUGGAAUUGAAUAUCGGAAUCAUAGGCAACUGCGUAUCACGUUUGAAACCCUUGAUUCAAAAACAUGCCCCUUCGUGGGUAAGCUCCUUGGGCGGUUCGGAUGCACCUGGAAGCUACGCUCGGAACCAAAGUGGCAAUGUCCCGCGGUCAUGGGGAACGGGUAAAGGGAAUCAGGGGUACAAAUUAGAGAGUAUAGAUCGCGGAAAGAAGUCUGUUGAUGGAGAGCGAGGUGUCGACAAAGAUAUUUAUGUCAUAAAGGACUACAGCGUCAAAUACGACACGAAAGAAUCGAGCCAGCCUGGGCCAGUUAGAACGGGAAGUACAGAGAGCAUUCUCGCACCGGAGAGAGAUACACGGCGUGUAGUAUAG